AUGUCAGAGCCCAUUACCGUCGAAACCCCGAAGGAAACCCCGCGCGUUGCGUACGCAAUCCAGUUGGAUGAAAAACUGAGUCCUGAAGUGGCUGUACCCUGUACUCCGCAAGGCAAUGGCCCCAGCGCUUUCAAGCGAGUCAACGGCGACAUCGUUCUGGGCAUUGCAACUGGGUACUGGGCGACAAAUUUCUUUGGUUGUUUCGACCACCUCGUACCCAACGCGUUGAUGGCGACGCUGUGUCCGUGCGUAUCAGUUGCGCAGAUUACCAGUCGACUGGGCAUGGUGCCGUACAGAACAGCGUUGCUGUUUUUCGCACUGCUCUGCAGCUUGGAGUUGGCCACCGUGGCGCUCACGAUUGAGCAGUUGGUCUCCGUAGUAAUUCUCGGACACAAUGUGAGUUAUCACUACUACCAUGCGCACCGCCUCGAGGAUGAACGACCAGCCAUCAACGCCAUUUUCCUGACCAUUACAUUGCUGACCCAUUCAACCUUCGCCGCUGCAUUGUGGAUGAUCCGCAAGCGUAUCCGCUGCCAGUUCCAGAUUCCAGGAUCCAGCGCGAAUGACUGCGUGUCCGCGACCUGCUGUCCGUGCUUCGCGACGGCGCAGAUGGCCACGCACAUCAAGAGCUACAAGCCUCGUUCGUGCACUUUCGGACCCGUUGACACGUUGCCUCGCUAUCAGUGA